AUGGUUUGCAUGCAUACACUAUCGCCAGUUUUGGCACAGGUGCAGUGCGAUAGCAGCCUGACGAUGUUGCAUCUAUGUGCACAGAUGCCUAUAGGGCCCUCGUCGCCUAACGAGGGCAUUACGAGACACAUACGGGAGAUCAGAGAUGUACGAGGACGGAUCCUGCUUGUCAAUCCUGUCAAAUGGUUUUCUGUAUGGGCCUUCAAGGAGCAUUCGGACUUGCAGGCUGCUAAGCACGUCAUGCCAUACAUAGUACAUACGGAUCCGUACAAAGAAUGGAUCAAUAGUGAUCUGAACCGUAUCGGGUCUGAUGGGUCCAAAGGAACCCGAGAGGCUGGCAGCUGCCGUGCAGUGCCUGCUGGAUGCCUGACGUGGGAUGUUUGCCUGGCCGCGCCUGCCUGGAACGUUCUUGACGCGUACCAAUUUAUUGGUGUCCAGCUGCAAGGCAAAAAGCAAGCAAAGCAAAGUAGAGGCAAAAGGCAAAAGGCCAAAAAAAACCCAAAGACAGCCUUCCCCAUUUUUCCUUCCCCCGAUCAUCUUGCUCCAUCAGCACUCGCCGACGUGACCUGGAGCUACUUUUAA